AUGCGCAGAUGCCUCUGCCAGCCCCUCCGCUCUCUUGGCACCGGUCUCCGCCGCGCCCACCCAGUUUGCGCAAUUGACCGCCGCCCGGGCGCUAUAAGAGGGCGGCCGCCGGCUCGACAGGGACAUUCCCUUCCCGGCAUCGAGGAUGGCACACCGCUCGGUCUCUCUCGGCGGCCUGGCAGGCUUGGCGCUCCUGGGCGCCCUUCUUGCCCUCUCGCCAGCCUAUUCGCUGGCGCUGGACGUCCAGAGUAAAAGCCAGACUCCGGCCAAGGUAGGGCCAGGCAGAGGCGAGCCAAGGAGGACGGGGCGGGCAGGCGGCCGCGCAAGUGGCGCCGGCUGCAGUCGGAGAGAUCUCCGCAUCUGGGCAGAGGGGCUUUGCGUGGUCUCAGCCUCGCUCUCCCCUCUGCGAAAGAGACCUGCGGCAGCGCCUCACCGGAGGGGCGGAAAACGAAGCCCCCGUCAGGGCGCGAAGGGAGCGGAGACGUCGGGGCGCCUGCCGGCGCGCUUGUGGAGCAGGGCGGGCUGCCGCUGGCUUCCUUUCCUCUGGUUUAAGGCUGCUUCUUUCGCAGGGUCUUAAUUUCUGACAUGCAGCUGCAACAGGCGCCUUGGAGGGGGUUGCUUCGGAUGGGAUUGGAAAAUGUUGCGGGGAGGGAGGCAGUAAAAACUACAGGCUUUGUCGAGCGGGGAGCUGGAGCAGGCGCGAUAUUCACGGGCGCAAGGUGGCCACUGGGGUCUCCGCGCCCGUUUGCGUGCGGCCGAGGGGUCCCUCUCUGAUCUGCUGGGGAGUCGCCUUUGGGGUUGGACUUGAUGACCCUCUGGGGUCCCUUCCCCCUGUCCCUUCUCUGACCCGCUCCUCUCCGCAGUGCAACCUGGCGGGGACGUGGGUGAACGAUCUGGGCUCCAAGAUGGUCAUCGGGACCACCAACGAGGACGGCCAGUUCUCGGGCUCCUACCUGACCGCCGUCUCGGCUACCACCGACGCCGCCAUCCGGGAGUCGCCUCUGCACGGCAGGCAGCACCACACCAACCAGCGCGCCCAGCCCACCUUCGGCUGGACCGUCAGCUGGUCCUACUCCGGUAGGCGGGGGGGUGGGGCAGAGCCCCGCGGGGAUAGAGAGGGGUCCGAGCAGCUCCGUGGACGGAGAAGGGAAGGGCCCCCAGUCGCCCUUCCCGGUCAUGCGGUGGCUUCUCGGCCUUCGGCUGGCCAAUCCGCCCCCAUGCCGCCCCUGAAGACCCUCGCAGGGGAAGCAGAGCGGCCUCGGCGCCGGCCCACCGACCUCCCUCUCUCUGCCCCCUUGCAGACUCCACCGCCGUCUUCGUGGGGCAGUGCUUCGUGGACGAGAAGGGCGAGGAGACCCUGGAGACGACGUGGCUGCUGCGGGAGGAGGUGGCGACCCACGCCGACGACUGGAAGGCCAACCGGUAAGCGGCCCGAGGGCCGACUGGGAAGGGGGUCCCACUCCAGCCAUUAAAACAGGCAGGCGAGACCCUCAAGGGGCGGAGGGGCGCCGUCGGGGCUGAGCAUCAGUUCCCUCUCUUUCAGGAUCAGGAGAAGUAGCUCUUCCUAGGAAGGCUCCCGCUCUCCCCUACGCUUCCAAGCAGAUCUCAGGGGCCAUUCAGCUCCCUCCGCCCCCGAGAAGCGGGGGGUGGGGCAAAACCCCCAGCUCGACUCCCAUCGGUCUCCCUCCCAAAGAGGGUAUCCCCACAAUCCCCAAAACACAAUCCUGCCAGAGGCCUCCAGGCACUCGCUUGACUUAGCCCAGUCCGCGAGAGCUCGGCGCUGAAUUAGGCUCCGUCUCAAAUCCGCUUUGCUAUCGGCCAAAGAAUGCCUUCAGCCUCUAACUAGGUAACUGCAGCCCAUGAUGCUCUCAGAAUACGCUGCUUGCUUCCGAAGAAUUCAAUCUUAAAUUUGCCCAAACUGGAGCGCGGGAGCCCUGCUUGCCUCACCUCUAACACGCAUCCACGACUGGUCUUAAUUUUAUUUUAACCUAGGGGGGAAAAGAAUACAACUGCUUACCAACCUUAGGUGAUGUACACCUCCUCCCCAAGCAAGCAAGCAAGCAAGCAAGCAAGCAAGCAAGCAAGCAGCUAGACUAGCCGGACAGAACAUCAACCGAACGAGGCGUCUGGCUAGCCUUCCCGCAACGAAAAUGCUUUCAGCUGCCCACCUCCCGUUAGCAGGGAAGGCAUUGGGAAGCCCAGAGAUGCCGCGAGAGCGCGCGACUCCGACCCCUUGGGGAGGGAGCGCCAUGCAAAAUGGUCCAGGAGGCCUGUGGGGGGCGGGCCAGUCCUCUUGAGAAAGAUGCGAAGAGCUUUGCAAAUUCUUAGCCAAGCCCCGUGACGGCAUUUCCAGGACCAGCCGCAAAGGGGGGCCUCGCCUCACACGGGGCUUAGGAGCAAGACCCUCUUGGAAUUCCCCCGCCUGCAGGACGGCGACCAAGGCAUCUUAAGAGCAAAAACAGCCCCCACCGCACCCGCAGAAGCCAGCAAAAGGUUCUCCGAGGCCAGUUCACAAAGGUGGCUCCAGGAGCCCCGUCAGCGGGGAGGACAGCCCCAUCCAGGUCAUGGCUAUGGAAACUCCUCACCCAGAGAGCUUCCUCUAUCCUGGGGGGAUUCCAGCUGUUUAUAUUACCCCCCUCCCAGGUCUUAAGGGGGCUAGUGUCCUCUGCAUCCUGAUGGCACCACAGCCCAGAAGGUGGUCCUGCCAACCAAAGACCGCUUGGCUCGUCCCUCACAGAGCGGGAGCUCUUUCUGUGGUUUCGGGUUAGCCUAAGAGUUGCCGUCAGGGCAGAGAAGAGCUUUUGUGCCGCUAACAGCUGUGUGGCAGGCAGGAAUCCAACAGGUUACUCCUUUUUACUAUAGAAAAACACCAGGAAAGAUUCGCCUUUUGUUAUCUGUCAGGGAACUUGGUCCGUGAGUUAACAGCCCCUCAAUUCCUCAUCCCUGCCAGGGGCCAAAGAGGAGCCCCCCAGGUUGAAACUCCAGCUGCAGAGAAUCCCCACCCCAUCAGCCACUGGAGCCAGCUCCAGGGGGCCAUGACAAGAAUACAUUUGUGGGUCUGGGCCCCCACAAAGUCAACGGGCAAAGUUGAUGCCCUUCCUUGCAGGCCCCCACAAUCUUCAGCAGACCUGGGACUGGAGCAGAUAGGGACUGGCCUUCUCCCCACUGCCCGGCUCAAUAUCCCUUGGGGACAGGCCUACAAGUGACGCAGGGCUGCUGCAAACAUCUCCCUCUGACUGGCUUGUGGGGAGGGGGGCUUACCCAACAGCAGGACAGCCCCCUCACUGCCUUGGGUGAAGAAAUGGGGGCUGGCAGCUCUAUGCCCCAGUCCACGCUUGCUUGCAAGGGGGCUGCCCGGGAGGCCAUCUCUCGGCUCCUGGCCCAUUCUGGUGCCACUGCUGAGGGCGCACGUGGAGGAAGAGGGCAAGGCUGGCAGCUCAAGGGGCCGUGGGCACAGGGAGGCUCAUCCACGGACACUGAAGCCAGUCCUGGCACCCACAAGGCACCAAAAUCAGUGAAGGGCAUUUGCUGGACAAUUCUCAGCCUCUCUCUCUCUCUUUCCUUGCAGGGUUGGCAAGAACGUCUUUGUACGUGUCAAAUAA